UCGUCUCGCGAAGCAUUAUUGUUUUGGAAGCUUCUUUUCAAGAAUUAUCCAAAAAAAAACAAUGAAUCUCGAGCUGUUAGAGAGUUUUGGACAAAAUUACCCUCAAGAAUUUGAUUCGAGUUUGGAUUCUAUUUCAUUGGCGAUAACUUGCCAAUUCAAUAAAUACGGGACUCUUUUGGCUGUCGGAUGCAAUGAUGGGCGCAUCGUAAUUUGGGAUUUUCUUACGCGAGGCAUUGCGAAAAUCAUUUCGGCGCACGUUCAUCCCGUUUGUAGUUUAAGUUGGUCUCGGAACGGGCAUAAACUUCUUUCCGCAUCAACUGACAACAACGUUUGCAUCUGGGAUGUUUUGUCGGGCGAAUGUGAUCACAAAUAUCGCUUUCCAUCCGCUGUAUUGAAAGUUCAAUUCCAUCCACGAAAAGAUUCAAUGUUCCUCGUUUGUCCCAUGAAAUAUGCUGCUGUGCUCGUCGAAGUCGGAAAGAAACACGAAAUAUUGCCUGUCGAACAAACAGAUGGAGAUUUGAACAUCGUUGCAUCAUUCGACAGAAGAGGCGAAUAUAUUUACACGGGAAAUGCGAAAGGAAGGAUUUUAGUGUUGGAAUUGAAAACACUCGAGAUUAAAGCAAGUUUCAAGUGUCACAGUACAGCAGUAAAAAGUAUCGAGUUUGCGAGACGCGGAGAUGCAUUUCUCGUUAAUACAGGCGAUCGCGUAAUUCGCGUGUACGAUUCGAAGGAAGUUGUUGCAUGCGGAAAAGAUGGCGAACCUGAACCAAUUCAAAAGUUGCAAGAUCUCGUCAAUAAAACGACAUGGAAGAAAUGUUGUUUUUCCGGCGAUGGAGAGUACAUUUGCGCAGGAAGUGCUCGACAACACGCUUUAUACGUUUGGGAAAAAUCUGUUGGAAAUCUCGUCAAAAUCUUGCAUGGUACGAAAGGCGAAUUAUUGCUCGAUGUCGUUUGGCAUCCUGUUCGCCCUAUAAUUUGUUCCAUCAGUUCAGGACUCGUUUCUGUUUGGGCGCAAAAUCAAGUCGAAAAUUGGUCAGCAUUUGCUCCGGAUUUCAAAGAGCUCGACGAAAACGUCGAAUACGAGGAACGUGAAUCUGAAUUUGAUAUCGAUGACGAGGAUAAAUCUGUUGAUUUGUCAGCUGACAAACGCGACGACGAAGAAGUUGAAGUUGAUGUAACGGGAGUUGAACCCAUUGCGGCAUUUUGCAGUUCUGACGAAGAGUUUGAAGAUCAAAAGGCACUUCAAUUCUUGCCAAUUGCGCCUGAAGUUGAAGAUCCUGAAGAGAAUUGGGGAGGCGUUGGACAAGAAAAUGGCGAAAUGAACAAUUCUUUGGAAAAACGAGAAUCCGAAGGAGAUGAAGGAAGUUCGAAAAAACGAAAAACAAGCAUUUAUGAUAUAAAAUUGUCAGAUGCUCCGACAGAUGAUGUUCAUCCAUUGUUGCAAAGUAAGACGAAUAAAGAGAAGACAAACAAACAAAAAGGAGCAGGCAGACCACGAAAAUAACAAUAACCGUUUUAAUUAGUUUUUAAGUCAAAAAAAUACAUUUUUUUUUUAUAACCGAUAA